ACGAUCCUCCGGUGAUGACCAUUUCCUCGACAAUUAAACUAUGAUUUCUCCUUCACUCCGACUCCUCGCUUAUAGAUGGCCAUUCCACCAAUCAUUCUUCAAUUCACUCCAUUCCUCACUCGAACACCAGCAAUACAAACUCACCCACAAAGACUGGUUGUCGCCGAAUCAAGUCUUGAAAAUCCUAGACAACCUCCACGACCCACAAUCCGUUAUUUCAUUCUUGAACCAGUACUCCACCCGCAAAGACUACAAACCCAAUGAAGCUCUCUACACUCUCAUCAUCAACAAGCUUGCAAUUGCCAAGCAAUUCGAUGCCGUUGCAUUUGUGAUGCAGAGAGUCAAGGCUGAACGAACCUACCGUUUGUCCGAUGAGUUCUUCUACAAUGUAAUCAAGGUUUAUGGAAACAUGGCUGGUCGAAUCAAGGCUGCAAUUGACACUUUAUUUGACAUGCCAAGCUUUGGGUGUCGGCCAUCUGUUAGAACUUUCAAUUUCGUAUUGAAUUUGCUUGUGUGCGCACAGCUGUUUGAUGUGGUUCAUGAGGUUUAUGUGGGUGCUCCCAAGCUGGGUAUUGCGAUUGAUGCUUGUUGCCUCAACAUAUUGAUUAAAGGGUUGUGUAAGAGUGGGAACAUGGAUGCUGCAUUCUAUGUGCUCGACGAAUUUCCUAAGCAAAAGUGUAUGCCUAAUGUUAGGACUUACUCAACGUUAAUGCGCGGUUUGUGUGAAAAUGGGAGGGUGGAGGAAGCAAUUAAACUGCUUGAUAGAAUGGAGAGUGAAGGAAUUGAUGCAGAUACGAUUACAUUCAAUGUUUUGAUAUCUGGGCUUCGGAAGCAAGGCAGGGUCGAAGAAGGGGUGAAUCUUUUGAAUGGGAUGAAGCGAAAGGGGUGUGAACCGGAUGCAGGGUCCUAUCAUGAGGUCUUGUAUACUUUGCUUGAUGCGAAGAAAAUUGUUGAAGCGAAGGAGUUGAUGAGUAGGAUGAUUUUGGUGGGUGCAAGUCCUAGUUUUGUGUCAUACAAGAAGUUAAUUCAUGGUCUUUGUGAAGAAAAGCUGCCAGGAGAUGUGGAUUGGGCUUUGAAGCAAAUGGUGAAGCAGGGGUUUGUCCCGAAGAUGGGAAUGUGGAAGCAGAUUCUUUGGAGCACAGUUUCAAGGAAUGACACUGCUAGUUGCAUUGUUUUUGACACAAUUAUCGGUAACUAUGCUGGCGGUACCUAAUCAUCCUUGCUGUUUUGCCUGGAGGGCUGAGAAAUCUGCCCGAGUUACGUUUUGAAAUUUUCUGUGACUAGAUUAGAACGUUUGAACUUUGGAUUACUGAGUUAAAACGGAUCAAAUGUUGGUUUUAUCUAUCAUUCAAUACCUUGUAUCAAUAUUUCUGAUAAA